AUGUCUCAGAUAGCGGAGCCAAUGCAGCAGCAGCUGCUGCUGCAGGAGCAGCAGCUGCUGCAGGGACAGCAGCAGCCGCAGCACCAGCAGCGGCCAACCUCUCCACGGCAACCUCACGCAUUUGCACAGCCAACAUGGAAGGAACAGCAGCAGCAGCAGCAGCAACAGCAGCAGCAGCAGCAACAGCUUUUUAACCAGCAGCAAAUGCUUGACCUGUCACGAGAGAAGCAGCAGCUCGUCUCGCCACGGGGGCUCCACGGGCAGCAGCAGGAGCAGCAGCAGGCGCAGCAGCAGGAGCAGCAGCAGCAACAACAACAACAACAACAGCAGCAGCAACAGCAACAGUGGCAAUCACAGCAGGAGCAGCAGCAGCAAGGGUUGCUGCGAGGCACCACAAUCUUGAAGGCUCAUCUGCUGCAGCAGAAGCCGGAGCAGCAGCAGCACCAGCAGCCAUGGCACGGCAGUACCUCCCCCAUAUUGGCGCAACAGCAGCAGCAACAGCUGCUGCAACAGCACAUGAAGCUGCAGCAGCACAAGCAGCAACAGCAGCAACAGCAGCAGCAGCAGCAGGAUGUACCCGCCUUCUCCCAGCUAAGAAAGGCUGAGGGUAGCGCUGCAGCGCUUGCUGCUGUUUCUGUUGACUACAACAGAAACAGAGGCAGCAGCAGCAGCACUACCAACACUGGCAGCAGCAAUGACAACAGCAGCAACGAAAUAAGAGGCGCACCUGUCUCUUUGCAGAACAUCAGCAACAGCAACAACUGCAGCAGUAGCAGCAGCAGCAGCAGCAGCCUUCCCUUGGGUUCCUUACGGCUUCAGGAUAACUUACAGCAGCAAACAGGACCUUUACGCCUGCAUGUGUCUCCCAUAUUGUUGCAGCAGCAGCAGCAGCAGCAGCAGCCGUUUCAUUCGUCUGAGCAGCAGCAACAGCAGCAGCAGAAAACGCAGCAGCAGCAGCAACAGCAGGUACUGCCUCACCUGUCUCCUUAUCGACAGAUUCCCGCCUUUGCUCGCCGCGCCAUUUCUAGCCUCCGGAAGCAGCCUCAAAGCAGCAGCAGCAGCAGCAACAGCAGCAGCAGUAGCGGCAACAGCAGCGACAACAGCAGCAGCUGUGUCAGCAGCAGCAGCAAAGCCCGCAGCAACAAACCCACGCGACUGCCUGCAGCAGUACCGCAGCUGGUGCUGCACCCCCCAAUUCUGCAGCAGAACUUGUGGCAGCAACCGCCGCAGCAGCAGCAGCAACAGCCACAGCAGCAGCAGCAACAGCAACACAGCAGCAGCAGCAACACCAAGCCCGCAAUAUCAUACCCAAUCUUUGGCAUGGCAUCGUCAGACGGCAGCACAUGCACAGCAGCAGAAGAAAAUUUGGCAGCAGCAGCAAAAGCAGCAGCAGCAGUAAAAGCAGCAGCAGCAGCAAAAGCAGCAGCAGCAGCAAAAGCAUCAGCAGCAGCAGCAACAACAGCAGCAACGGCAAAAGAGGAAACUAUUAAGACAGCGCACCAGCUCUCUUUUCAGCCGGCUCAAGGGGCUGCCUCUCUUGCUGCUGCUGCUGCGCUGCAGCAGCAGCAGCGGCAACAGCAACAGCUGCAGCAGCACCUGCUGCAACAGCAGCAGAACAUGCAGCAGCAGCAGCAGCAACGGAUUCCGAUUCGUUCAUUGCCUGAAACAUACGUAGGAGAAGAGGAGGUUGAUGCUCUUGCAGCAGCAGCAGCAGCAGCAGCAGUAGAUGCUGUUGCUGCUGCUAGGCUACGAAGCUUUACUGCUGCCACGAGCAGCAGAUUAGUUGCUGCAUGCGUGAGCCCAAGGUCACCCACCCAGCGACUGCAGUACCAACAGUUGCUGCUGCAGCUGCAGCAGCGGCAGCACCUGCAGCAGCAGCAGCAGCAGCAGGAAGAGUCGCAGAUGCUACCGGCCGUUGCCUUAAACCGUCUGCGCAAAGUAAUGGAAGAUAGUGGCAGCAGCAGCAACAGCAGCAUCAAUAGCAGCAGCAGCAGCAACAGCAGCAGCAGCAACAGCAGCAGUAGCAACAGCAGCAGCAGUAGUCAGAGGCUCUACGUAAAUGACAACAGCAGCGAGUACAGUUGCGCCAGCAGCUGCAACAGCAGCAACAGCAACAGCAGCAGCAGCAGCAGCAACGGCAACAGCAGCAAAAGUAGCAGCAGCAGCAGCAGCACCUUCAUGACCUCCGCCGAUUUCGAAGAAGAUAGUAGUUACUCAGGGUGGUAUGAGCAGCAGAGACGCAGCAGCAGCAGCAACAACAACAGCAACUGCAACAACAGCAGCAGCAGGAGCACUGCCAGCACUAGCAUCAGCACCAGCAUCAGCGGCGCCAGCAGCAGCAGCAGCAGCGCGAGUAGAGGCGGGAACGACAAUACAAGCAGCAGCAGCAGCAUCAGCAACGACAAAAACAGCAGCAGCAGCAGCAGCAGCAGCGGCGCACCAGUUGUGCUGCAGCAGCAAAGUGCUGCUGAGUUUGGGGGGAAAUCCGAGGGAAAAUUUUACUUCCUUGCUGCAGCAGAAGCAGAGAAAGGAGGCAAAGCAGCAGCAGCAACAACAGCAGCAGCAACAGCAGCAGCAGGAGCACCAACUGCAGUAACACCAGCUGCAACAACAAGCCCAACAGCAGCAGCAGCAGCAGCAGCUGAUGCUGCAACAAAUGCUGCAGUGAAGGACGGACGCCAGACCCAAGGAGCUGCAGAGCAGCAACGGGACUACCCUGCACCAGCAGCUGAUGCAGCAGCAGCAGCAGCAACCUCAGCAGCAGCAACCUCAGCAGCAGCGAAAGCAGCAGCAGCAGCAACAGCAUUACCAGCAGCAACAGCUGCAGCGACACAGGUAGGAAGUGAUGCUGCAUCACUGCCUACAGCAGCAAUAGCAGCAGCAGCUACAACAGCAGCAGCAGCAGCAGAAACUGCUGCAACAAGUGCAGCAGCAACACCGUGUACUGAUGCUGCUGCUGCUUCCGAGACCACUGCAGCAGAUGAUAUUAUUUACAGUUCCCCUGCUUCUCCAGCUGCUGCUGCUGCUGCUGCUUCUGUUGCUGCUGCUGCUGGCGACAUGCCAGCAGACUAUUCAAGGUGUACAUACACUUCAAUGACACCUGAAGGCAGCAGCAACAGCAGCAGCAGCAGCAGCAACGGCGAUUUCCUGUCCCUAGAUAAAUGGCUCAAGCUGCUGCCUGCUACUGCAGCAGAAGUAGCAGCAGCAGAGAAGGUCAUAGAGCACAUGCAACAACAACAGCAGCAGCAGCAGCAGCAGCAGCAGCAGCAAGAAGCAGCCACACAAAAAGGAGCAGAUGCAACUGAACACGAAGAGGAGCUGGAUCUACACCUCAUUGAUGGUGAUUUGCUGCGGCAGCGUUGGCUGCAUCCAGCAGCAGCAGCAGAAGAAGACAUUGACCCCGAUUUACAGCAGCAGCAGGAGGAACAGCAGGAGCAGCACGAGCGGCUACUGCAGCAGCAGGAGCAGCAACUGUUGCAGAAGGAGGACGUACUGUUCCUGCUGCAGCAGGAGCGCUCCUCAGCUUCCAGCAGCGAGACCCUGCUUGCUUCCCCUACAGCAGCAACAACAGCACCAUCAACAUCAGCAGCAGCAGCAGCAGCAGAUACGAGGAAGGAACUUGCUGCUGCUGCUCUCCGUUGCUGCUGCUUAAUGUAUAAUGUUUGUUACUGGCAAGGACUACAUGAUGUUGCUGCUGCAUUAACUUUCUUAUCUCCUCUUCCUUCCUUGCUGCAGCUCGUGCUGCUGCUGCAGAAGCUGCUGCAGCGGAUUGCCCCUUGGCUGCUGCUGCAGCCACAGGAGGCACUUAACUCCUCUCGUUCGGUAACCAAAGCUUUGUGCGGUUUGCUGCAGUAUACCUCCCCGGGUGUACAGGCAGCUCUAGAGGAGUUAGCAGCAGAUGAUUUGCUGCUGCAGUUGCCAUUAAUACAUUCUCUUUCUAUGGGCAGAUUUCUUUCCCCUCAUGCUGCUCUAUUAACCCUUGAGUCCUUACUAAGGCUUGCCCAGCAGCAGCAGCAGCAACAGCAGCAGCAGCAAACAGGUUCAGUGCCAGCUGAGGGAUGUAGCGGUGCUGCUGUUGCUGCUGAUAUUUCGGAUGCUCAAGCUCCAACUGUGCAGCAAUAUGAAGGCUGCAGCAGCAACAGCAGCAGCAGCAGCAGCAGCAGGCUCUCCACCUGUCGCCGAUUCCUUGCUCGCCACGUUGGAUGUUUGCUGCUGUUGCUGUCAAGGACACCUCCAUCAGUGCUGCUGCAGCUGCAGAAGCUGCUCAAGGCAUGCAGGGAGGUGGGCCAGCUGCGGUUCCUGCAGCAGGAGCAGCAGCAACCGCAGCAGGAAGGAAGCUCUGUGCAGCUCAGUACAAAACAGGUGGAAGGGGAGCAGCAGCUACAGCAGCUGCAGCAACUGCAGCAGCAAAUCAAUGGAGGCAGCUGCCUCUUCCUAUCUCCAUCCGAAUUGUUUGAAGGUCUUGCUGCAGCAACAGCAGCAACAGCAGCAACGGCAGCAACAACAGCAGCAGCCGAAGUUGCUGCUGCUGCUUCUCAACUAGAACAGCAAAUUGCCAUGUUUGCGAAGGGAGGAAGAAUAGACCUUGCUGAUGCACAGCAGCAGCAGCAGCAGGAGAAGCAGCAGCAGCAGGAGAAGCAGCAGCAGCACAACCAGGCAGCAACAGAUGACAGCAGCGGGCAGCAAACAGAAACCCUUGUGCUGCAGCAAUUCCUUGACUGCUUGCAAGAUCGUCUGUCGCUCUAUAUUGAAGCAGAACACAGCAGCAGCAGCAGCAGCAACAGCAGCAGCAACAGCAGCAACAGCAGCAGACCCUGGCGUCUGGAGGGUUGUCUUGUUCAUGUCUUCGAUCUAAGAGGGCAACGAUCAACAUUAAUAGCAGAGGAAGCAGCGCUGCUGCUGCUGCAGCGGCUUGGCUGUUCAGUGCAGCGGGGGCUUGCUGCACCUACACAGCAGCAGCAGCAGCAGCAGCAACAGCAGCAGCAGCAGCAAAAACAACA